CCGCCGCCUCCGCUUUCCCGACUGCAGGCCCCCAGCGCGAGGACCAGCGGCGGUGGCCGUGCGCGGUGCACCUUCGGCGCGGCUCCUCCAGGGUGCCACCCCGGGCGCACCGGCCGCGCGACGAUGAGGGCGCGGCCGCAGGUUUGUGAGGCGCUGCUCUUCGCCCUGGCGCUCCAGACCGGCGUGUGCUAUGGAAUCAAGUGGCUGGCGCUGUCCAAGACGCCGGCAGCCCUGGCUCUGAACCAGACGCAGCACUGCAAGCAGCUGGAGGGCUUGGUGUCCGCGCAGGUGCAGCUGUGCCGCAGCAACCUGGAGCUCAUGCACACCAUUGUGCACGCCGCCCGCGAGGUCAUGAAGGCCUGCCGCAGGGCCUUCGCGGACAUGCGCUGGAACUGCUCGUCCAUCGAGCUGGCCCCCAACUACCUGCUUGACCUGGAGAGAGGGACCCGGGAGUCCGCCUUCGUGUAUGCGCUGUCAGCAGCCGCCAUCAGCCACGCCAUCGCCCGGGCCUGCACCUCCGGCGACCUGCCUGGCUGCUCCUGCGGCCCUGUCCCAGGUGAGCCACCCGGGCCCGGGAACCGCUGGGGAGGAUGUGCGGACAACCUCAGCUACGGGCUCCUCAUGGGGGCCAAGUUUUCCGAUGCUCCUAUGAAGGUGAAAAAAACAGGAUCCCAAGCCAAUAAACUGAUGCGUCUACACAACAGUGAAGUGGGGAGACAGGCUCUGCGUGCCUCUCUGGAAAUGAAGUGUAAGUGCCACGGGGUAUCGGGCUCCUGCUCCAUCCGCACCUGCUGGAAGGGGCUGCAGGAGCUUCGGGAUGUGGCCACUGACCUGAAGACCCGCUACUUGUCGGCCACCAAGGUAGUGCACCGACCCAUGGGCACCCGCAAGCACUUGGUGCCCAAGGACUUGGACAUUCGGCCUGUGAAGGACUCGGAGCUCGUCUAUCUGCAGAGCUCACCUGACUUCUGCAUGAAGAACGAGAAGGUGGGCUCCCACGGGACGCAAGACAGGCAAUGCAACAAGACGUCCCACGGCAGUGACAGCUGCGACCUCAUGUGCUGUGGACGCGGCUACAACCCCUACACAGACCGCGUGGUCGAGCGGUGCCAUUGCAAGUACCACUGGUGCUGCUACGUCACCUGCCGCAGGUGUGAGCGCACCGUGGAGCGCUACGUCUGCAAGUGAGGCCUGCGCGCCCGCGGGAGCCCCUGGGGACCUCA